CCUCUACGUUUCCCGCGGGCUCUCGCGCUUCCGGUCCCGCCCAUCCUGUGGCCCGGGAGGCGACUUCCUGUCCCAGAGUACCCUACACCGAACCAUGGACCACAAUGACAAUGAUUUGCAAGGUACAAAUAGUUCCGGAUCAUUGGGAGGUCUUGAUGUUCGCCGACGCAUCCCUAUAAAGCUAAUUUCCAAGCAGACAAACAAAGCUAAACCUACACCACCUCGUCCUGCGAGAAGUAUGAAUAGGUUGCCAUCAAAGGCUGGUGAAGAAGAAGAAUUUGACUACAACGAAGAAGAACGAUAUGAAUGCAAAGGUGGUGAUGUGUUUAGUAAUCAAAGAAGAUUUCCCGGACAUCUCUUCUGGGACUUCAAGAUAAAUUUACUAGGAGAAAAGGAUGAUACCCCAGUCCAUUUCUGUGACAAGUGUGGGCUACCAAUCAAAAUGUAUGGACGCAUGAUACCCUGCAAGCAUGUUUUCUGCUAUGAUUGUGCUAUUUUACAUGAGAAAAAAGGUGACAAGAUGUGCCCAGGCUGUAACGAAUCUGUGCAGCGAAUUGAGCAGUGUGUCCGGGGGUCUCUCUUCAUGUGUAGCAUUGUGCAAGGUUGCAAGAGAACAUACUUAUCCCAGAGGGACUUGCAGGCUCACAUCAACCACCGUCACAUGAGAGCUGGCAAACCAGUUGCGCGGCCCCCACUGGAACCUGUCCACCCUCCCAUCGCCCCUCCUCCUGCCGAAAUCCCGGAGCGGUUCAUCAUGCCGCCUGAUAAGCAUCACCUGAGCCACAUCCCACCAAAGCAGCACAUCCUGAUGCCGUCUCCGUUGCAGCACGUCUCUCACGAGCAUUACAACCAGCCCCACGAAGACAUCCGUGCCUCCCCGGCGGAGAUGUCCAUGGCUCCUCCCCCCCCUCGCCCGGUCAGCCAAGACACGUUCCGCAUCUCCACAAGGAAACACAGCAACCUUAUCACGGUCCCUAUCCAAGACGAUUCGAAUUCCGGUGCUCGAGAACCACCGCCACCGGCCCCGACACCUGCUCACCACCACCCCGAAUACCAGGGCCAGCAAGUGGUCUCCCACCCCCACCACAUCAUGCCGCCUCAGCAGCACUACGCCCCUCCCCCUCCCCCGCCGCCCCCGAUAAGCCAUCCAAUGCAGCACCCUCCCCAGGCAGGAGGCACUCCCCACCUGGUGUAUAGCCAAGCUCCGCCUCCUCCAAUGACCUCUGCUCCCCCACCCAUCACCCCUCCCCCUGGACACAUCAUUGCCCAGCUGCCACCAUAUAUGAAUCAUCCUCCGCCGGGACCGCCCCCUCCUCAGCACGGCGGCCCGCCUGUCAAUGUAAACGCUCCCCCUCCCCAUCACUACAACCCUAACGCUUUGCCAAAGUUCAGUGAAGACCAAGGAACUCUCAGCCCUCCGUUCACUCAGCCGGGGGGGAUGAGUCCAGGCAUGUGGCCGGCUCCAAGAGGGCCGCCGCCGCCGCCGCGAAUGCAAGGGCCGCCUUCUCAAGCUCAGCUUUCUGGACCACACCAUCCUGAUCAAGCCAGAUACAGGCCAUAUUAUCAAUGAUAUUAAUAGCAAUUUGAACUAAAAAGUAUGACAUAGGAAGGAUAACUUUCUAAACAGCAGCCUUUUAAUGGAGAGCUCUUUUUCUUUUCUUUUCUUUUUGUUCUGCUUCAUUUAUUUGAAGAAAUAAAAAGUUUUAAAAUGUGACUGUAAAACUCUGGGGACUUGAUUCUUAAGGUAAAAUUUUAAAACCUUGACCGUAGGACUCUUUGACGACUGAUAUACUGUAGUGCUGUAUGGCUCUGUAGUUGGCAGUGACAUUUUAACAGAUGUUGUACCCAUAGUCCGGUUGAAGUACUCCAGAAAUGAACAUUUGUAAUAUUUCCCAACGACCGAACACUUACAUGUACCACUUGAAGGUAUUUUUGUUAAAUCUGAUGGUUAGUUUUAUUUGUGAUACGUUUCCUUUUUUUUGUCAACCUGUGUAUAAUUAAAUUUAAAAUAUGGUCCAAAAAAA